AUGUGGGUCUGCGAUUGGUGGGGUGAUUGCGAGGACUUCCAAGUGCUGAUCCGCCGCUUGCGGCUGGAGUUGCUGCCCUUGGCGCAAGACCUGGCCCGACUUCCAGAGGAGUCCAAGGAUGCUAUCCGCGAGAAGGGGACUCUGAACGUCAACAACUAUUCCAGAGGUGUUGAUGGGAACCGCACCGGCUUCUACUUUCAUCCAGCGCUUGACAAUCCAGCUGAUUGCUUGCCGCCGGAUGUAACAUCAGAGCCAACCUUCUACACGCCGAACCUGUGGCCAGACAAGGAUCUGCCGCAGCUUCGAUCCUUGGCCCGGCAAUGUGCACCCCGGCUGGUUGAGCUGGGCAGGUUGCUGGCCGCUGCCGUGGAUUGGCGGUGCAGUCAGGUUCUUCCGGGCUAUCGACCGGGAACGCUUCGAGAGCUGAUCGCUCCUGCUGAGAAGUGCAACCACAAGUGCCGACUGAUUUGCUACCAUGAUUUUGACACACCAGAGCAGUGUGCAGCCUCCAAAGGCAUGUGGGCACCACCACACAAGGACACUGGGCUGCUCACCGUCCUCGUGCCAGGGAUCUUUCUCGAUAGUUCGGGCAAGCAGAUGGCUUGUCCUGACCCGGAGGUAGGCCUUUACGUGAGGAACAGGAAGGGCAAGACCAUUCAAAUUCAGAAACCUGAUGGAGUUGGUGAAUGCCUUUUCUUUCAGGUGGGAGAGGCUUUGCAAAUUGUCUCUGGUGGACUCUACCACGCAACAGAGCAUUGUGUUCGCGGACCUCCGAGCCACGGCAGAGGCUACGAGAGGGCCACCUUGGCAGUAUUCCUGCAGCCGCACAGCCAUGAGGAGCUGCGGUUGCCCGAUGGCGUCUCUAUGAAGGAGGUUGCCGACCGUGCCUGCGACCCAUUGUUCAGGAUGUUCCUCCUUUACCAGCCCAAAGAUGUGAGAGGAAUGAAUUUCCUGCACUUCUGCCAGCGUGAAGGUCCAAAGCUCUCGGAUGCAGUUGCAGAGGCCAUGGCCCGGGUGUCCACACCCAUCUACUCGGAUGGCCUCCAGAAGCAGUACUUCUCUCAUUUGCUAGAGGAUGUGCAACGACGCCGGGACCAGUUUCCAGAGAGGUCACCUUCUCUAUCCGACCAUUUGCAACUUCCUGGACAGAUGCGGGCCUGUCUGGUCGGCCUCCAGCAGAGUCGCUGUAUCUUCCCUGUGGCGCGUGCGGUGCCCGGAUGCUCCCGCUUUCUGAGUGGAGCAAUCCGAAAAUCCAUGGCAUGCAGAGCCUUGCUGGAGCCUUUGCUGCCUCAUGGCCCUGGCAUUUGCGUUUUGGGCAGACUAGCAGCUUGCUGCACUACGUGGCGAGCCACUGUAGACAGUGCCGCCAGGCAGGCCACCAAACGUCAAUGUCCCCAGGCUGAGCCUCUUUUGACCAGGCCCUACCUGGCGCAUUGGGCAUUGAUUUCAAUUUUGGAGAAGAAUCCAGAGGCUUUAGAAGUUGUCAACCAAGCCCUAAUGACAGAGGGCGACAGCAGCGUCUCACAGCCGCUUUCCUGCGCGCGAGCAAGACAAGCUGUGAAUGAUCUUACAGACAGGUGCCCUGUGUGCCAGCAUUGCCCUACUGCCCGAGUACUCGGCGCAGAGGGCCCUUUGGAAUUGCUGCCACUACAGCGGAACUUGCUUCGGCGCCUAGCCUUUGAUGCUGGUGCGACCCGGGGUGGGGUCCACCUAGCUCAGCAGGCGGUAUCGAAGGCACUUGCACAGCGAAGUCCAGCCUUGCGAGAGGUGCUUUUGGACGUAGCAGAGCUGCUGAACUUGCGGGCAUAUGCUCGAACAUACGUUAGCUCCAGGCCACGUGUGUUAACCGAGCUUGAGGAGGCACUGCGCCAUGCUGCUGAUGCCAUGGACUGCCCUGACGAGCCAGAUGCACCGGGCUGUGCGACUGGGACCUCGCUCACUCCUUUGCGAGGCCUUCCCAGAGCUCGCCUUUGGCUUGGAAGAACUCUGAGCUCUGCCGCACAUAGCCUCGCACUUUCCUUCAUGCAAGGCGCUGCCCGAGAGCGUCUACUCUCCCGCUGGGAAAGCCCACAGAAGAUGUUCAAUAUGGCCGAAGAGCAGUUGCGGAGUGCAAUUGCAGAGGUAGCUGGCCAAGGCCAAUCUUCAUUGCUUGCAGAAGGUAUUCUGUAUGCUGCGCUCGGCGAAUGCUUCUUUUGUCAGGCAUCAGCCGCAAGGGAUAACGCUGAUCAUGCCUGCAAGCGGUGCUUGAAGUAUUUCCGACAUGCCUUUCGGUGCCUCCAGCAAGCGGGGAAAGCAGACACAAUACAAUUUGCCGAUGCUCUGAAGGACUAUGGAAAGGUGCUGAAGUGUGGUUUCCUUGCAGAGAACAAUGCUGCAGCGGGCGAGCAUGCAUUGAGGAAAGCACUUCAUACACACCGACGCCUCUUGGGAAGUGACCAUCCCUGCACCCGCAACGUUUGCCGACUGUUGGACGGUUCUGACGACACGGAUAGCGCCUCGGAUUGGCAGGUUCCGAGCGUCGGUGUUGAGGAGCGAUUGUCAGUGACCGUUCCUCUUCCUUUUUUCAGCAGCUUUUGGAAAGAUACUUUGCAUGAGAUGCAUAUGAAUCAUAAGAAUGGGCUGAAUGGGGUUUGA